UCUAAAAAAGUUGACCAACCAAAAUUGUUCUUGUCAUUUAGAAACGCGGAAAACAUAUUCAACAGAAAGAGUCGGGUGUUAGUCGUCAAAGUAUUGAAGUUUUCUUGGUAAAAUCCUUAUUUAUUUGCUGUAUUUAUUAACAGAAGAAACCAAGAUGGAGGGAGGAGGCGAAUUGCCGCCAGCGCGGAACACCAGCCCGCAUGCUGUUAUUGACAUUGAUUAUCUCAAAAGCCGACCUGGACUUACAAAAAUUGCAGAAAUAAUGUGUCUGUUGAUUGCGUUUGCAUCGCUGUCAGGGUACACUGGCAGCCACAAAGAUGCACGUUUUGGCUCCCGCUUUGAUUUCUUCUAUUUUGUUACCAUCACAUCUUGGCUGAUCAUCAUCGCUGUUUUCCUCCUCUUUUUAUUCAAAGUCUACAACAGAUUAAACAUCAAUUGGAAUGUGGUGCUCGUGGUGUACUGUACCGUGACAGCCUUCAUGUUGCUGGUUUCCUCAGCACUUGUUCUAGAUGCUGUGGUACAUCACCGCACAAGGAAGGAAUCAGAGGAGAUUGUCAAUGGACACUGGACUAAUUUCUGUUCUCUUGAAAAAUGUGGCAACAUAGAAGCUGCAGGGGCAUUUGGUAUUAUUGCCACUGCUCUAUUCAUUGUGGAUGCAGUAUUUUACUUUAUUGAGAAUAGAAGAGGCAGAGAAGCUCCCCCACCUGGGGCAGAACAGUUUUGAUCACUUGUAGCGUAGCAGUCCUCAGGCCAUAUGGGAUUGGGAUUAUUGCCCUUCAAAUCUCUGACAUGAUGUAUUGAGAUUGUACAGGAGAAGGGGAGGGGACUGCAACACGUCAAUCAUUGGGAUGGGAGGUGGGGGGCUGGGGCUACGGAAUUUCGUCUGACUAUCAUGUGAACACUAUUUAAUUAUU